CGUUCCGAAAUACGACUAUCCUCCUAAUAUAAUUAUUUUUUCAUUACAAUAAUAUAAGGUUUCUCAUGUAAUUUUUUGUUACAUUUGCGAAUUCAACGAGUUACACAUGAUUUUUCAUGAAACACGAACGUUAAAAAUAUUUGAUACAGCCUAAUUAUAAAAAUUGUUAGAAGCAAAAGUCAUAGAUACUAUGUGCGAGUAUCGCAUGAAACGAACAGCUAUUAAGAGAACUGCAGCAAUAUUACAAAUCAAAUAACAAAACACACUCGUCUGUGACGUGGAAAUUCUAAAAUCUAAAAUCUAGAAUAUUCCUUACCUUUUUUCGCAGAUUAUAAAAUAUCUUAUUCAUACUACCUUGCAUCGAUAAAUCACCGUUCAUAGUGACACUUUCAAAUCGCCUAUCGUUUCUCAAUGGAUACGAGAAUUUCCGUUUAUUACUUUAAAAACAACCCGUCCAUUACGUUUCUCUUAAAAAAUUCUUUCAACUCCGUUGAAAACCGAGCAUCAAACAAGAGACAAACGAUUUGUUGUCAUGGAAAUGUUUGGUUCACACAUAAGCAACGCACAAAUAUAAUGAUAGAAUAGCUGAGUGUGUGUACUGUAUAGUAAGAUGGAUGCAACAUGGAAAUAGAAAGAGAACACCAUGUAUAGAUACUUCCUGUCCUUGUUUAAUCAGGCAUGCACACUAGUGGACACUGACGCUGCUCGUAUACCGCUGUUACAUAUUUCCUGUACAAGUGCGCGUCAUUAGACAAGGACGGAACAUCCUCUCUCUACUUCUCUAUCGCGCUUUUAGUUCGCUCACGCGCUCUGUACUUAUAUCUAUUACAUUUCCACCAUAAGCAGCGGCCGUGCAGUGACUUACAAAAGUUCCGAACGGUUCCAUCCUGGGCGGACGGUUAAUUGCGUUCGGUACUUCGAGGCAGGAAGGUGAGUACAGAAUCGCUCCUCUUAGUACUCUUAUUAGAAGUGUUAUCAUCGAAUAUAAGUUUUUUCAAUAAAUUCUUAUCGUUUUACAAUUUUUCUAGAAUACAAUGACGUCAGCAAUCGAUCAUUUUCGCGAAUUUAUUGUAAAUUAAUUGGAGGAAUAUCUGGAGUUCUUUAUCGGUUUCGACUGUAAAAUCAGCAACUAUUCGAAUUUUUCAUUCAUAAUUGUGACAUUUUCGACUCUUCCGUUGCCAAGACCCUCUUGAGAGAUUUUUGGCACGUUCCAUCACCCUUGUUAAACGAGUGCACAUUGGUGGAUAUAUUGAUUUUAAAAACCAAUACGUGUACGAGAUUUAUUAUCUCACUGGGACAAAGAAAUCCGUUUUAUUCGCGAAUUUUCCGUGUUUCUUCUUAAUUUUCGUGAGUGUCUGGCGCGGAGCAUUAUUUGAAUGAACUUUUCAUCGUUCAGAUUAUAUUUCGUUUAAAAAGAUUGAAAUUGAUGUCGAGAAGAAAUGAAACAAGGUGCUCGGGUAUUCUUUCGUUUCCCGGGGAAAGAGAAAUAUGAAAAAAACGGUCGUUCUUCCUUCUGCCAUUUUCGUCCAUUACCAAAAUGGUAUGACCCAAGUGUCCCGGGCCGUGAAUCAAUCAAGCGAAUUUUGAAUAAUUUUUGAAUAAUAUCCAGUUAAUAAUUUGUGAAACAAAUUAAUUUCAUUUUAUUGUUGGAAACAAAUUAGUUGGAUUUUUCUUUCUUUAGCAGUUUUUGCCAGAGUUGACCUGACGUGCUACUUCAGUUUCCAUCUUCGCUUCUUGAAACUUCCAACGUCCUUGGUGUUGGAGUCUCCUUGCCCAGGGACAUUCCAUCGAACCGACUCUCCAAAUGGCAGCAUAUCCAACAGCUUAAACAACAUUUUUGGAACCGCUGGCAUAAGGAGUAUUUGAACGAGCUAACCAACCGCAAUAAAUGGAGCAAGGGUGGACACAGCAUCCAAAAGGGCACAAUCGUCAUCCUCAGAGAGGACAACGUUCCCUCCAUGCAUUGGCCUCUGGGCCGAGUUAUCAAGAUUCAUCCAGGCGCCGAUGGUGUCAUCCGGACAGCUACAGUUCAGACGGCAAAGAGCAUUUUGGAUCGGGGCGUCAAAAGGCUUGUCCCACUGCCAAUUCAACCCGAUCUCGAGAAACCCGAACAACUAGCCACCGAGACGAAAUAAGAUGGGAACUUCAACCACACCUCCCUAGUUUGAUCGGUACCCUCUCAACGGGGGGAGAAUGUUACGCCAUGCGGCUUACCAUAGGUCAUAUUCUUAACUAUCGAUCGCGGCACUAUAAUGUCGCAGACGGAUCGUCGUGUCUGCCCGGCAAACAAACAUUGUAGUGGCAAGCGCAUGGUUCAUUAAGCAGGGCGACUUCCAGAAACGUCGACUCGUGGCCCGUAUUUUACCUCGCGUAAAAGAAUGUGGCGUGAUCCGAACGUAGUGGGGGUCGCCUUCCAGAAAAAACGAAAAAAAUCGAAAGGCGUUCAGAACUUUUCGAGAUGUCGAACCGUCAACACAUGUGAAUGUACCACACCGGACAAUCAAGAAGGCAGGUGCCUUGACUACAGAAAAUGUAAACCUCUGCAAGAAAUAUGGCAGAUACAGUACCGUACAGCCACCGAUUUUUAUAGACGAUCAGUGUGCAGAUACCAGGGCAAUGUUACGAUCGUUUGCUGUCCGAACGAUCCAAACAAAGAGAAGAGAGAAAUUUUAAUAAAAACUGUGUAUAAGUAUAAGGCUUUGCGACCACCAUACUGUGGUUUUAGCAACGUCUCUCAUACCAGGGUGGUCGAUGGUAAACCAGCUGAACUUGGCGCUUGGCCAUGGAUCGCUGCAUUAGGUUUUCGUAAUCCCCGAAACCCAGACAAACCACUAUGGAAGUGCGGAGGUUCCCUGAUAUCGGCUAGGCAUGUUUUGACCGCAGCACAUUGUGCACAUAUGGAUGGAAUAGAAAACAUACACAAUCAUAAUAUUGCCAUUCUUAGAUUGGUGGAGGAGGUGCCAUUUUCGAGGUACGUAUAUCCCAUUUGUACGAAAGAGCCCCUACGAAAGAGCAACUUCGUCGGCUAUAACCCCCUUGUUGCUGGAUCGGGAGCAUUAAGAUAUAACGACCACGACGUAAUGCAUUAAUGGAAGUACAAAUGCCAGUGAUUAAGAACGCCGAAUGCAAAAUAGCUUAUUCCAAAUUUCCUAAUGCACCUGAUAUCACUGAUGGUAUAAUAUGCGCCGAACAUGCUCAGGGUGGAGAGGAUUCUUGUACGGUAAUUAAGUUACAGAGUUACUACAAACUAUACGGUAUCUGAAGACACGUCGAUUCGAAUUAACAUCAAAUCGACGUCUUAAACAUUAAAAAUAAUAGAUAAACACAAUUUAAUAGUUUUGCCCACUUCUCACACCUCGUUAUGGUAUUUAAUCUAAUUUCCUUCUAAUCUUAGUUUUGCUCAAAAUACAUAUAACAUGUACGUUAUAAAUUGGAGUAUUUCAAUACACAAAUCAAUAGAAGAUUAUUACUGUAUAUAAGUAUAAUUUCAAUACAAUUCGAUCGAUAUAUUUCAGUAUCUUUGAUUAAAAAUUUAACGAUCCUUUCAGGCUGACCGCGGCGGACCACUGCUGAUACAACAUGAAUUAACCUCGUAUUUAAUAAGUAUUGUGUCUUAUGCUUAUAAGUGCGGCACAGCUGGGUAUCCCAGCGUUUACACUAGGGUCACAUCGUACCUUGACUUCAUUCUCCAAGCGAUGCAAUAAUAUGAUAUUACUGUUCCAUAAAUAUCAUUGUGUAAAAAACGUAAAGUUGGAUUUUCUUAUUGUGGAGAUAAGAAACAGCUCAAAUUUACAUUGUUUUGUACGUUACAAAUUAUAGGCUUAAAAUGUACGAAAUGUAACUUUGAAACGACACUAAUUUUUUACGCACGAUAAACCUCCACGACUUAGAUUAUAGAUUCCUAUACGACUCUCAGUAAAAAUUUAUCCGCACUCCAGAUAGUUAAAACUUCUGUCGACCGUAUUGAUCCAUCUGCACUCUUCGUAUGACGUCAAUAUCUGUUCAGUGCUGCUGCGCAGGUUUCUUUGUGUUACGUCAAUUCGUUUGUGACCGUUGCGCGAGUAAUGGCGCUUUGCAAUGGUGAUUUGCAGGAAAACAGUGCAGGAUGCUGUGAUUCGUUUCUUGUGGUCGGAGGUUAUGUUUGAUGCCUAUAUUUAUCAAAGAUUUAAUGCACAUUAUGGAGAAAGUGUUUUGUCACGAAGUGUGUUUGAAUGGGCACAAAAGUUCAAAGAAGAUCGCACGAGUGUUAUGAAAAAACAGCUGGACGCCCGUCCACAUCCACGAUGACAACAUUGAACGUGCUCAUGAACUUAUGCUCUAUGGAAUAGACGAGUGACACUGGAUAAUGUGGCAAAUCAUUUGCAAAUCAGCCACGGCUCUGCUUAUGCAAUAGUGCAGGACAGAUUUGGAUUUUAAAAAGUUUGUGCGAGAUGGAUGCCGAAAAAGCUGAUGAAAAGGUGAAGACGACGAUGCAUUCGUGGUUCGCAGCUCAGCCCAAAACAUUUUUUAAUGAGAAAAUACAAAGGUCCUUCGGCAAAUGGACAAAGUGUAUACAGAAAUCGAGUGAUUAUGUCAAAAAAUGAUGUAUGUCUUUUUUGACAAUUGCUUAAAAUAAAUUCUACACCGACAGAGCGGGUAACUUUUUACUCACCCUCGUAAGACACUUAAAUUUCCAAUCUAUUAUGAUGAAUAAAAGAGCUUAUACUAUUAAAUCUAAUUGUAUUUUGUUGCAUGAGAGUACACGUGUAUGUGAUGUA